AGCUUGUGGUGGCCAAGCAUUCAUAGCGACGUUGUGUCCUUCGAUGUCUUACAAUCAUUGUGAAGCACACUUGACCAAGCGUUGUAUUGUUGGACCACUAAUAGGGAAUGUGAUCUGAAAAGGGACGUGGGUGAAAAUUAAAAGGAAGGGGUGAUAUUUUGAGUUUAUGCUCAUCAUCCCCUCCCAUUCAUUGGAAUCAAACCUGCCACGAUGACCAUCGCUGGCGUCAAUUAAUGCAAGCUUCGCUCUUGCAUCCACUGUUACCCAUAAAUGAUGGAUAUAGUUUUAAAACACAUCAUUAUGUGUACUUUAUUUACUGUACUUGUAUGGCUUGGCAGCUGCUGAGAUUCAAAACCUGGAAAUGGCGUGUUGCCGUUUAGGCUGAGUUAAGUGGGUGGGUACCAACCACAAAGUGAACAAGCACUUGAAUGAGUUAACCUUUUACGUCACAAAUGCAUAAAUCGUAAAUCUGAUCCGGUCGUUUUGCAAGCCUUAUAUAUUGUGUCUUUGUAGCUCUAGAGAAAGCCUAUGACAGAGUACCCAGAGAGGAACGGUGGUACUGCAUGCGGAAGUCUGGAGUAGCAGAGAAGUAUAGUCCCCUCCAAAUGUAUUGGUACAGCAAGGUCAAUUCCUUUGUUUUGGUUUUCAGAUCAAAACAUUAAUGUAAGACACAAGUUUAGAAUUCCAGCUUUUAUAUCAUGGUAUUUACAUCUAGAUGUGGUAAAAAAACUCAGGACUGAGCACCUUUUGUUUGAACCCACCCACUUUUCAAGUGACGUAAAGUAUUGGAACAUGUGACUGAUGGGUUUUUCUAGUUGCUCAGAUAUUACCUUUAAGAUUAAUUGCUUAAACUUUAGAUAGUGCUUGUUUUUGGCUUUGGGUUUCACCUGUGAAAACUGCAUUUGCUGUUUCGCAAACAUGAAGACCAAGGGUAUCAACAGCAGUUGAUGACAGAAACAUCGUGAGAACUGUGAAGAAACACCCAAAGACAACAGUCAGUGACAUCACUGCCAACCUCCUCCAUAGGGCAGGGGUGAAGGUAUCACAAUCCACUGUUCAAAGAAGACUUCAAGAGAAGAAAUAUACAGGCCAUACCGCAAGAUGCAAACCCCUUAUCAGCAAAAAGAAUCGGAAGGCUAGGCCAGAUUGGAUUUUGCACAAAGAUGAGCCACAAAAGUUUUGGAACAAAGUUUUAUGGACUGAUGAGACCAAAGUUAGCCUCUACUAAAGUGAUGGAAAGACCAAAGUAUGUAGAAAGAAAGUAUCUGACCUACAAAUAAAAGUUGCUAUGUCCUGAGUUGUUUAACACAUCCAUCCAUCCAUUUCCUUUACCGCUUAUCCUCACUAGGGCCGCGGGCGUGCUGGAGCCUAUCACAGCUAUCUUCGGGCGGGAGGCAGGGUACAACUUGAACCGGUCGCCAGCCAAUCGCAGGGCACAUGAAACAAACAACCAUUCGUACUCAGAAUCACAAAUACGGGCAAUUUAGAGUCUCCAAUCAACCUACCACGCAUGUUUUUGGGAUGUGGGAGGAAACCGAAGUGCCCGGAGAAAACCCACCCAGGCACGGGGAGGACGUGCAAACUCCACACAGGCGGGGCCGGGAUUUUAACCCCGGUCCCCAGAACUGUGAGGCGGAUGUGCUAACCAGUCGUCCACCGUUCCGGCUUGUUUAACACAUCAAGAUGUAAAUACCAUGAAAUAAAAGCUGGAAUUCUGAACUUUUCUCAUAUUUAUCUUUUGAUCUGAAACCCAAAUGUGUUCAGUAUACAGCAAAAACAAAGGAAUCGACCUUGAGGUUCUAAUGCUUUUGGAGGGGACUGUGUGUUACAAUAAUACAGGACAUGCAUGAGGGCAGCAGAACAGUGGUGAGGUGUGCUGUAGGUGUGACGGGAGUUAGAGGUGGAGGUGGGACUGCAUCAGGGAUCAGUCCCUGAGCUCCUUCCUGUUUGCAGUGGUGAUGGAUAGGCUGAUAAUAAGGUUAAACUGGAAUCCCCGUGGACCAUGAUGUUCGCAGAUGAGAUAGAGAUUGCAGUGAUCAGAGGUGGUUAGGAACUACAUUUACUCAAGUGACAUUUUGGAUAAAUUGUACUUGUCAGAGUAGUUUUAAUGAGGGAUACGUUUUACUUUUAUUCAAGUAUUUAUGUUAAGAAGAAACAGUGCUUUUACUCCGUUACAAUGCUCUCCACGCCACUCGCUACUUUCAUUCAUCAAUAGUUGUGUGCGCGAUGUAUUUUUAGACUUUCGUUUUCGACUUCCGCAUUGGGCGCCGUUGCUCCAAUCCAUCGUGAUUACCAGAGUGAUAUUUGACUCAAGUUCACCAAUCAAACGACAGUCACAUGCCUGCACACAGUCUUCUAUUGGGCUUCGAGGGGCAAUCAAAGUGAGUCGUGACAGCCACGCGGGACUCGUGUUUACAUUACACACCACGAAAAACAACAGCUUUAACUUGUAGUGUAGUUUUGUCACUGCCCAAACUUGGAUAUUUCAGCCCACUUCUAACUUCAGAAAACCCCUCGCGGUAAGUUGUUUUUGGUGUUGUUGUGGCUGUGCAUAUAGUAUUAGCCCUAUUUUAUGGUAAUGUUACUGUAAAACAUGCAUCUUGGCAUGUUCUCUCUCUCUCUCUCUCUCUCUCUCUCUCACACACACACUUUAUCAAUACGGCUCGUCAGCAAACGGCUUCUUCAUUCAGUCAUUUUCGUUGCUAAAGCAAAUAACGUUUCUGUAAGGCCCUGUGCAUGUGUUGGUUUGAUGCACUUAAAAAUUGAAAUAGUGGCAGGUGUGUGUGGACUCCCAUUGAACAUGAGUUUGAAUGUGAUCUGUUACUUCUGAACGCAGCCACAUCCCAGCUGUAAGAGGGGACGCAUCCUUGUGCAACCUAUCUAGCCUAAGUCAAUCACAUUCAAGUUUAUUUCAGUUGUUUAUUUUCACCUCCCCUCUCAAAAAGAAAAAAAAAAUCAGUUGUUGUACAAAUUCUACAUCACAUUAAUGGUAAUGGAUUAUCCAUCCAGCCAUUUUCAACACUGCUUAUCCUGGUUAGGGUCGCGGGGCGCAGGAGCCUAUCCCAUCUGACUUUGGGCGAAAGGCGGACUAGACCAUGAACUGGUCACCAGUCAGUCGCAGGACGUAAUGGAUUAUGUUAGUGAUAAUUCUUUUGCAACACAAAAACCUGACAUUUGAACAGGGGUGUGUAUACGUUUUAUAUCCACUGCAGCCUUGUUCCUAUUUUUGUAAUCUGCCUGGUGAGCUGACAGUAUUGUGGUGUUUAACAAGUAAAAAUAAAAUACUAUAAGACCAUUUCUUGGAGCUGAAUUUGAUUUGUUUUAGAUUAAGUGAUGUUCAUCAAUAUCUGAAUCUGCACAUUUUAUUUAGUUAUUUUUAUUUUAUUUGAUGUUCAUAUUCACGUUUUUCACUGGGUACUUUCUUACUCUUACUCAAGUAAUUAUUUGGAGGACUACAUUUUACUUGAAUCAUAUUAUUGUAAAGUAACAAUACUCUUACUUGAGUACAGUAUUUUGCUACUCCGGCAGUGAAAGCGGGGAGCAGGUGGGGGAACAGUUAGAAAGGUAGAGGCAUGCACUGGAAAGGAGAGGAAUGAAGAUUAGCUGAAGGAAGACAGAAUACAUGUGCAGGAAUAAGGAGUGGAGGGGGGAAGGUGAGGCUAAAGGGAGAAGAGGUAGCGAGGAUGGAGGACUGUAAAUACUUGGUCAACAGUCCAGAGCAAUGGUGAGUGUGGUAAGGAAGUGAAGAAAUCGGUCUGUGCAGGUUGGAACAGGCGGAGGGAGGUGUCAGGUGUGUUAUGUGACAGAAGAGUCUUUGCUUGGAUGAAGGCCGAAGUUUGUAACACAGUGGUGAGCCAGCCAUAAUGUACGGAUGAGAGACUGUGGCAGUGAAGAGACAGCAGGAAGCAGAGCUGGAGCCGGACUCGAACUCUGGACAACACCCGUCCAUACAGCUGGGACAGUGAGAAAGUUAGAUGGUGACCACAUAUGAGACGACUGUCCUGCAGAUGAGCCGUUGGUGGGGGCAGUUUAGUCGCUGUCGCAGACCCAGAUAGUUUGGCGGCAGCGGCAUCGCCCCCCCCCCCCCCCCCACCAUCUCCCCACUAUGCCCAACAGCGGUCGGACGGGGAGCCUUAAGGACCCCGAAAUUGCUGAGCUCUUCUUCAAGGAAGACCCAGAGAAACUCUUCUCGGACCUGCGCGAGAUAGGACACGGCAGCUUUGGCGCCGUAUAUUUUGCACAGGAUGUGCGAACAAGUGAGGUGGUGGCCAUCAAGAAGAUGUCCUACAGUGGAAAGCAGUCCAGUGAGAAAUGGCAAGACAUAAUCAAAGAGGUGAAAUUCCUACAGAGAAUACAACACCCAAACAGCAUCGAGUACAAAGGAUGUUAUCUGCGAGAGCACACUGCUUGGCUGGUGAUGGAGUAUUGUCUAGGGUCUGCUUCAGAUCUGUUAGAGGUGCACAAGAAACCCCUACAAGAGGUUGAAAUUGCUGCAAUAACCCAUGGUGCUCUUCAAGGUUUGGCCUAUCUUCACUCCCACAACAUGAUUCACCGAGAUAUCAAGGCAGGAAACAUCUUGCUGACAGAGCCAGGCCAGGUCAAACUUGCUGAUUUCGGCUCGGCCUCCAUCGCCUGCCCUGCCAACUCCUUUGUUGGGACGCCAUAUUGGAUGGCCCCAGAGGUGAUAUUGGCUAUGGAUGAGGGCCAGUAUGAUGGAAAAGUGGACAUCUGGUCUUUGGGAAUAACCUGCAUUGAAUUAGCUGAGCGGAAGCCUCCACUGUUCAAUAUGAAUGCAAUGAGUGCCUUAUACCACAUAGCACAGAAUGAGAGCCCCAUGCUGCAGUCCAGUGAAUGGACGGAUUAUUUCAGAAACUUUGUAGAUUCUUGCCUUCAGAAGGGUCCCCAAGAUAGACCGAACUCUGAAGAGCUUUUAAAGCAUGCCUUUGUCCAGCGUGAGCGUCCCGAAUCGGUUCUAAUAGACCUAAUAAAUCGGACAAAAGAUGCAGUGCGAGAACUGGACAAUUUGCAGUAUCGCAAAAUGAAGAAGAUUUUGUUCCAUGAAGCCCACAAUGGCCCCACAAUUGAAGCUCCGGACGAGGAGGAGGAGCCAGAACACAGCGUGGGCAGAACGGGCACGGUAAACAGUGUGGGGAGCAAUCAGUCCAUUCCCAGUAUGUCCAUCAGUGCCAGCUCCCAGAGCAGCUCUGUCAACAGCCUGACUGAUGCCGGUGACGAUAAAGGAGAGGUGGACAUGGAGGGGGACCACACCGUCAUGUCUAACAGCUCUGUCAUACAUCUGAAACCGGAGAAAGCAGCGUACAAAAAAGAUUCAGAACCUCACGUUCGAUCAACUGAGCCUCAGUCCCAGCCUGCCAACACCCCACGGCCAAAACGGAACAGAGAACACUUUGCAACAAUACGCACAGCCUCAGUGCUCACACGGCAGAUUAAGGAGCAUGAGCAGGACUCUGAAUUAAGGGAGCAGAUCUUGGGCUACAAGCGCAUGCGGCGGCAGCACCAGAAACAGCUGAUGGCCCUGGAGAACAAGCUAAAGGCAGAGAUGGAUGAGCACCGACUACGUCUGGAUAAGGAGCUGGAGAACCAGAGGAACGGCUUUGCUCAGGAGAUGGAGAAGCUGAUCAAGAAGCACCAAGGGUCCAUGGAAAAGGAUACAAAAACCUUUAGCAAUGAUGAGAAGAAAUUCCACCAACACAUCCAGAGCCAGCAAAAGAAGGAACUCAACAGCUUCCUCGAAUCACAGAAACGGGAGUACAAACUCCGCAAGGAACAACUGAAAGAGGAGCUGAAUGAAAACCAAUCAACACCCAAGAAGGAAAAGCAGGAGUGGUUGUCCAAGCAGAAGGAGAACUUCCAGCACUUCCAAGCAGAAGAAGAGGCAAACCUGCAGCGCCGGCAAAGGCAGUAUCUAGAAUUGGAGUCCCGCAGGUUCAAACUGAGGAUCUUGAUUGCUCGCCACAACAUCGAGCAGGAUUUAGUGAGGGAGGAGCUGAACAAACGUCAGACCCAGAAGGACCUGGAGCACGCCAUGCUCCUGCGGCACCACGAGUCCAUGCAAGAGCUGGAGUUCCGCCAGCUCAACACCAUCCAGAGGACGCGGGCCGAGCUCAUCCGCCUCCAGCACCAGACGGAGCUCACCAACCAGCAGGAGUACAACAAGAGGCGUGAGAGGGAGCUGAGGCGCAAGCACGUUAUGGAGGUUCGCCAGCAACCCAAAAGCCUCAAGUCCAAAGAGCUACAGAUCAAGAAGCAGUUCCAGGACACUUGCAAGAUCCAGACCAGGCAGUACAAGGCCCUGAGGAACCACCUGCUGGAGACCACACCAAAGUCAGAGCACAAGGUUGUGCUUAAGCGCCUCAAGCAGGAGCAGCACCGCAAACUCGCCAUCUUGGCCGAGCAGUAUGACCACUCCAUCAACGAGAUGCUGUCCACUCAGGCGCUUCGUCUGGACGAGACUCAAGAAUCCCAGUGCCAGGGCCUUAAAAUCCAGCUUCAGCAGGAGCUGGAGCUUCUGAACGCCUAUCAGAGCAAGAUCAAGAUGCAGACUGAUUCGCAGCAUGACCGCGAGAGGAAAGAUCUGGAGCAGAGGGUGUCGCUACGCAGAGCCCUGCUGGAACAAAAGAUCGAGGAGGAGAUGAUGUCCUUGCAGAACGAUCGCUUGGAGCGAAUUCGCAGCCUGCUGGAGCGUCAAGCACGAGAGGUGGAGGCGUUUGACUCUGAGAGUAUGCGCCUGGGCUUCAGCAACAUGGAGCUAUCGAACGUCUCUCCAGAGGCCCUUGGCAACAGCUUUCCUGGAUCGCCAGCAAGUUGGGGUGUCCAUCUUCAGCAACAGCUGCAGCAGCACCCGUCGUCAGGGAGCUUUCAUGGGUCACACUGGAGCGGCGGCAGCUUAGGCGCAGGGUCCAGCCGUCAAGGCAGCCAUCGCCACUACCACUCCAGUCCCAGUGGGCCGCCUCCGCAGCAGAGCUGGGGUCAAGGCAUGCAAGGAGGCGGGACUCCACAGCCAUGGGGCCUCCCGUCAGCGGUGUCUCUCAUCUCCCGCAGUAGCGCCGGUGCACAGAACAGCCCCCAAGGCAUGGGAAGGACACCGCCCGGGGAACACUGCGAGCAGGGCAUGAGCAGGAGUACCAGCGUCACCUCGCAGAUAUCCAAUGGGUCCCACCUUUCCUACACAUAAGUCCUGUGUCAGCGCACACAGAUGUCAAGUCCCACACAUAAGUCCUGUGUCAGCGCACACAGAUGUCAAGUCCAACAAAAAAACAGCAGCAAAGAAAUCUCCCCUCCAUUUUCUUCUACUGUGUGCACACGCGUGGAUGUGUAGUUGAAUCGAUGUUGCUCAGGUGAAAAGGGCUGCAAAUAGCAGCAGCCCCCCCCCCCCCCCCCCCCCUUUGUCCCCUCUCACAGCAAGCAUACAAUACAGGUUUGUUACUUUAGCAACAACAUUUUUACUGAUACAUUUGUUUUUUUAUUACAUUGUCAUUCAUAGCUCUUGCUCCCAUUUUGCACAUUAAGACACUGUUGAAAGCCUUCCCAUUAAACAAACAAUGAUAUACAUAUACCUGCUCCAAUAGAAUGCCCCCGGCCCGUACCGAUUGUGGUUGUAGACAGCCUUAUAAUGCCAGCCUGCUGUGAUGGCCAUUGGGAUCCAUUUAGACCACCACUAGCCAAAUCCCAUCUCAACCAAAUAAGCAUUUUUCUCCUUUUAGUCCAAGGCUACGAGCUUGACGAUGAUGCCUUUUCAGCUUGUUUGAAUGAAAAUAUAGGUCUUUUAUGUCAAUAGUGUGGUAAAUCCCCAAUGGCCCAGUUUAAUCCAAAAGCAUAUUUUCCCCCCAUUUCAAAGAAACCCACCUGUUCAGUUUUCUUUCCUUCAUGUUAAAAUAGACUGCCCAUAUGUGUAAACCACGGUCUGAGUGCUUGUUUUAGCAUUCUUAGAAUCCUUAUUUCCACAAGUACCCAAUGCAUUCAGAUGUAUACGCAAUGGUGAUGUGCCGAGUAGUCUUCUAAACUGUGUGAAGUGGUGAGGAACGUAUAAUUUUUUUAUUUUAUUAGUAGUCAUUUUAGAGUGGUGGUACUCUUAAGAGAUGAUGUGACAUAUCAGUGUCCAAUGUGACAUGCUUGCCUUAAAAAACAAUCAUAAUCUGACAUCUUGAUUUUUAUCAGUGCCUUUUUUUAAAGAAAAAACUGCUGCCUUUUUAAAGCACUUUAUGCUAAAUGCAAGAUAUUUUUAGAGUUAAUAUUUGACUUUAUUGAGGGGCGCAAAAGCACCUGGUUAGAUGUGUUGUUGUUGGGAUGAGGAGUCGGGUAGUAGUACACGGCAAGCCUGGUACGUGUGAGUCUAAAUCCACUUCAGCUGAAUGUGGAAUGCCAUUGGAGUUUUUUGUUCUUUCAUCAAACUGAACUGUUGUGGCUGGUUGUGUGCAGGUAAUAGUCAUGACCAUGACAGCAGGCUGGGAGCCACAUCACAUCAUGGUUAGGUGGCAAUGCAAAAACCGGUUAUAUUAAAGAACAUUGUUCAUCAGAACAAAGACUGAAUCAGGAUUGCGUGUGCAUUUGUGAAAGAACAUGCAAGUUAGAUGAUGAACAAAUGUGGCAUUGAGCACUUGGGUAUUUCCUUUCCAUGUUUUAGGAGCGACCUUCGUGGCGUGACAAAACCGUUGAAGCAGAGCUGUCAAACUCAUUGAUGUCGUGGGCCACAUGAGAGUGCUAUUAGACUGUGAAAAUAAUAGAAAUGUUUUGUCACCUCAUAUUUCUACAUGUACACAAUUACCGCUCCAUUUGAUUGUUACUUGAAUUUGAAAUCAUGGAAAAUUGCGGCAUGCAUACAACGUGUCCAAUUUAUUUUAAGGUGUUUUGGUAAAAAAAAGUGCAAUAUGUUGAAUGUGUAGAAAAAUGUACAGAUUUUUGGACAAAAUGAACAAACCCAUUUAGCAAGAAACAAAGAAGAUACUUCAUUUGCAUUAGUGAGCCACAUAAAGUGCUGCAAUUGGCCAGAUCUGUCCCUCGGGCCUUGAGUUUGACACCUGUGCUUUAAAUCAUCAUGACCACCUGAUAGUGGAACCUCCAAAGUUUAACAAUCCAAUUAACUUUCACAAACCCCAAUUCCAAUGGUGUUGGAAUGUGUAAAAUAUAUUAAAAAAAAUAAUGAUUUUCAUAUCUUUUUCAAGUUAUAUUCAAUUGAAUACACUACGAACAAAAGGUAUUGAAUGUUCAAACUGAUGAACUUUAGUUUUUUACAAAAUAUUCACUCGUUUUGAUUUUGAUGCCUGCAACACGUUCCAAAAAAGCUGGGACGGACAUCUUUACCACUGUGUUACACAUUUCCUUUUAACAACACUUAAUAAGCGUUUGAGAACCAAGAACUGUAAUUGUUGAAGCUUUGUAGGUGGAAUCAUUUCCCAUUCUUGCUUGAUGUACAACUUCAGUUGCUCAAUAGUCCAGGGUCUCCAUUGUUGUAUAUUGCGCUUCAUAAUGUGCCACACAUUUUAAAUGGGAGACAGGUCUGGAGCAGUCCAGUCUAGUACUCACACUCUUUUACUACGAGGCCAUGCUUUUGUAACACUUGCAGAAUGUGGCUUGCCGUUGUUUUGCUGAAAUAAGCAGGGAUGUCCCUAAAAAUAGAUGCCGCUUGGAUGGCAGCACAUGUUGGUCCAAAACCUAUAAUGUACCUUUCAGCAUUAAUGAUGAAGUAGCAUGCACAGAUGUGCAUGCUACCCUUGCCAUGGGCACUAGCACACUGCAGUUCUUUUCCUCUUUGAACCGAAGGACACGACAUCCAUGUUUUCCAAAAACAAUUUGAAAUGUGGACUCGUCAGAUCACCGCACACAUUUUCACUUUGCGUUAGUCCAUCUCAGAUGAAUUUGGGCCCUUGUGCCAGUCCAUCUCAGAUGAGCUUUGGGCCCAGAGAACCCGGCGGAUUUUCGUGGUAAAGAGUUUUAACUUGCAAUUGUAGAUGUAGCGACGAAGUGUUAAAUGACAAUGGUUUUCUUAAGUAUCCCUGAUCCCAUGUGGCAAUACCCUUAACAAAAUGAUGCCAGCUUUGAAUGCAGUGCCGCCUGAGGGAUGGAAGGUCACGGGCAUUCGAUGUUGGUUUUCGGCCUUGCUGCUUUCAAGAAGAGAUUUCUCCAGGUUAUCUGAAUCUUUUGAUGAUGUUAUUGACUUUAGAUGAUUAAAUCCCUAAAUUCCUUGAAAUUUUACGUUGAAAAAUGUUGUCCGUAAGCUGUUGGACUAUUUGCACACAGUUGUUCACAAAGUGGUGAACCUCGCCUGCAUCCUUGCUCGUGUACAACUGACCCUUUUGGAAAUGCUCCUUUUAUACCCAAUCAUGACACUCACCUGUUUCCAAUCAACCAGUUCACCUGUGGAAUGUUUCAAACAGGUGUUUUUUUAUUUAAAUUUUUUUUAAAAAAUUUAAGCAUUCCCCCACUUUUCCAGUCUUUUGUUGCCUGUCCCAGCUUUUUAGGAACAUGUUUCUGGAAUCAAAAUGAGAAAAUAUUUGCCCAAAAAAAAAAUCACUUAACAUCUUGUCUUUGUAGUGUAGUCAAUCUUCUCCCGACUGUUCUCAUGAAUCCAUUGCUCGAGUUGGUCUUCCAACUCGGGCCACCUCACCUUGUUUUCCACUGCGGUCAAGCCAGCCUCCUCGUAAAGUAGCAGUCAAGCCAGCCGCCCCUAGUUUUGUUCAUACCAGGCAUUAUGGUAAUAGGUCGCCAACUCGUGGCGAAAGCCACCUUCAAAAUAAAAGCUUCCAAUAAUGCGGACGUCAGUGCUCUUCGGUUAAGGAAUCCACCCAGCAAAGUUAAUUUGAAUGUUGAGAUACAUUAUAAAAUGUAGUUUAUUUGAUAUCUUAGGAAAAAUAAAUGGUAAAUGGACUGCACUUAUUUGCUCCCAGUGAUCCUGGCAUUGCCUUGCAUGGCAGCAGUCGACCAUUGGUUUAUGAAUGUGUGAAUGUGAGGCUUUGUAAAGCGCUUUGGGCACUGUGAUGGUGUAGAUGAAGCGCUACAUAAGUACAGUCCAGUUAUCAUUUAUUUUUCAUAAGCUAUCAAAUAAACUCCAUUUUUGCUGGUUGCAUUCCUUAACUGAAAAGCAUUGACGUCCGUAUUAUUGGAAGGCUUUUAUUUUGAAGGUGGCUUUCGCCGCGAGUUGGCGACUUAUUACCGUAAUGCCAAACUUGAAUGAACAAAAUUAGGGGCGGCUGGCUUGACUGCUACUUUACGAGUGGAGGCUGGCUUGACCGCAGUUAGUUUCCGCGGACACUCAGCUUCGUCUUCUUGACUUGGCGAAGCUCGUUUUCCUGCUUCCUCCACUUGCGAACCAUGGAUUCGUUGCUCUUGAAUUCCCUCGCGGCUGCUCGAUUCCCAUGUUCCUCCGUGUAACUAAUAGCUUGCAGUUUAAACUGCUUCGUAUGCGUGUCUCUUCGUAGGUGCCAUUUUCGGGUUUCCUUAGCCAAACCGAUGCACAUACCGGAACUAUAUACCUACUGGGGGCGUGUCUUUAGCAUCCUCUGUCACGCGCACCCUUCCCCCUUUACGUCUGCAUGCUGUCCUCAGUCACGUCCGCCUUCCACUAUAUAAGCGUUUCGGCAGGAAAUGCUCCCAGUCGGUCAAGCGGAGCGCUCAUUAAAGUCACAUUUACAGAUUUUGGAACUCUGUGAACACAUAAGGCGCAAGAUUUGUUUAACUUAGAGGCAUGUUUUUCCAGAAAAGUGGUUGAACUCUUAAAUUGUAUCAUGUUUGGGGCAAUUGACUUUGGAGGUUUCACUUUAUAUACAAAUUUGUAUAUUAUUAUUAGCAAUGUAAAGUCAACAAAAUAUGCUUUAUAUUCUGGCGUUUGUGAAUUAAGAUGGUUUCGUAAGUUGUGGCCCAUACCCAGCAACAAAAAUUAUCACUAUUUGUCACAUUAAUGAGUGAAGAAAAAAUGGGAAUGUUGAUGCUUCGUCAAAAGCUAAGAGUUUGAAUAUCAUUCCAUUAGAACCUCACUCGCCAUGCCAAUCUUCACUUUUAGGUUCACUUUUGUCAGGGUUUGUGGAUAAAGUCCCACCUCCCCACCAACCUGGAAGGGUAUUUCCUUAUUAUUUUUUUUUGGUCCUACUGACUGACUGAAUGCGUACACAGCAGGAUAACUGAAUGAGGCAACAGACAGAAGGUAGCCAUUUUUUCUGUGGUCCCAACACUGUGCCAUAGUUGCAAAGCCCGGAUGCCGUCAUGUUGUUUCCCCUCCCUUCCCCCAGUUAUCGCUGGGCUUCUGUCGCAUGGCGCGCGCGCACAAACAACAAAAUGCUUAGGUGACAAACAUAGUGAAAAGAGAUUGCAUUUCUUUUUAAAGAUGUCAGUAUUUGUUAUUUUUUGGCACAUUACCACUUCAGCUUGUAACCUGUAUUAAAUUGUAUAGAUGGUCUUGAGAGUUUAUGAAGAUGCUAAACAUACCGAGAUGGUCAAAUACUUAAGUUGAUUCAAAUUGUAUAAAAAAAGAGAGGUUCAUUAAACAGAAUAAGAAUAGAAUCGAAUGUACAAUUUUGUUUGUAUUAUAAUGUAUCAUUGAAAAAAAUCAGCUGUAAUAAAGUAAUUUUAGUAUAA